AUGUCCAAGUCAUUCACCACCGCCGAGGUCGCCAACCACAAGACCGAGAAGGACAUGUGGCUCAUCGUCGAGGACGGCGUCUACGACAUCACCGCCUUCCAGGAGGAACACCCGGGCGGCGCGAAGAUCCUCAAGCGUUUCGCCGGGAAGAACGCCACCAAGGCCUUCUGGAAGUACCACAACGAGCACGUCCUCGAAAAGUACGGCGGCAAGCUCAAGAUUGGCACCGUCAAGGAGGCUGCCAAGCUAUGA